AUGUUGUCCGUUUGUCCUCCCUCCCGAUCCAAAUUGAACGUAAAAAUGGGCCAUGAAUGGGUCCGCGGCGGACAAAACGAGCGCUCUCGUCGUCCGCUCUCGUCCGCUGUUGCCCCCUCAGGUGUCCGCCCUGGCCUUACUAGUCAGCGACACCGCACGGUUCGCUCGACAGGAAACUGCAGGCGAGAUCCAGCCACGGGCGCUGUGCAGCGCCUGCGCCUCCACGGCGUUGGCCUGGCGGGCACCCUCGCCCCGUCGCUGGCGCGCCUCCCCGCGCUCGAGUCCGUCUCGCUCUUCGGGAACGCGCUCUCUGGCGGGAUCCCGGCGGGCUACGCGUCCCUGGCGCCCACGCGCCGUCGGAGAUGA